AUGGAUCUCCAGGGAAAAUUUGGGGGGCUGCCUGCAGCUGCCUGCGCCUGCCUGCCGCCCCGGCAGAGCCGGCACGGGGGAAGGGGGGGUCCCAUCCGGGACGAGCAUCCCCCGCCGAGCCCCGAUUCUCCGGUGGACCCCGAGGCGGCAUCGGUGGAGACGGUGCCGGCAGCAUCCCGCAAACAGAACUGGCCAGACCCUGCUGCCAGCAGCCCCCGGCCCGGCAUCGAGCAGCCCGGUGAGGAAGAUGUGGAGCUGGCGGAGGAAGCCGAGGCGGUGAACGGCUCUGGGGAGCUGGGUGGUCCCGGUAGGAGCCCCGGGCACGGCGCCUACCUGCAGAGCUUGGAGCGGAGCAGCCGGCACUGGGUGCUGUCAUCGGUGAAGGGACCAGGGCUGGAUGAGCCGGGCGGCGGAGCCGAGGCGGAUACCGGUGCUGCCGGCAGCGAGGGCGAGAUCUGGUACAACCCCAUCCCUGAAGAUGAGGACCCCCAGCCUGGGAGCUCCUGGAAGACACGGAGCGGAGGGAGCCGCGACGUCGAGAGGGGCCAUGGUGGGGAGGCACCCCUGAAGACGGGCAGGGAGGACGCCCGCCGCGGCAGUUUGGGGACAGUGGAGAGCUCUGGACCCCGCAGCGGCACAGCCGCGGCACUGCCGCGAGGAGAGGAGCCAGGAGCCAGCAGGACCCAGGCUUGUGCCAAAGCGGCCGGUAAAGGUGGCUACUUGAGCGACGGUGACUCCCCGGAGCUGCCGGCUAAAGCCGGGGCGCGUGCCGAACCGGAGGAUGGAGAAAACGGGCUGGACGUGGGCGCUUUCCGCCCCUACAGCUGCGGGGAGACGCCGCCGCGGUGCGGGCAACACAUUUCGGGUUUGGUGAGCGUUCACCUCCAUGGCGUGCGGGACCUGAAGCCGCCGCGGGCCGAAGCCCGGGAGGUUUUUUGCGUGUUGCAGGUGGACGCGGCCAACCGGGCUCGCACGGCUUUGCUACCGUGCAAGACGGCGUUCCUCGGCCUCAACCAUACCUUCAACCUGGAGCUGGAGGGUGCCCGGCACCUCAAGGUGAUCAUCUUCUCCUGGGAUCCCACCUCCUGCCGCAACCGUCUCUGCUGCCACGGCACCGUGGUCCUGCCCCACAUCUUCAGAGGUUGCCGGGCCCAGCAGUUGGCGGUGCGGCUGCAACCUCGUGGCGUCCUCUACUCCAAAUUCACCUUGGUGGAGCAAUGGGACAGUCCCAGUGAGCGGGAACCCCGUGUCUUCGGCGUGGAACUGGGCCAACUGGUGGAGAGGGAGAAGUCGGCCACCAAGGUGCCCCUGCUCAUCCAGAAAUGCGUGGCUGAGAUAGAGAAACGAGGGCUGAAGGUGGUGGGGUUGUACCGGCUCUGCGGCUCGGCCGCCGUCAAGAAGGAGCUUCGCGACGCCUUUGAGAGGGACAGCGCGGCCGUGACGCUCUCGGAGCAGCUCUACCCCGAUAUCAACGUCAUCACGGGGAUCCUCAAGGAUUACCUGCGGGAGCUGCCCACGCCGCUCAUCACCCCCACGCUCUACCACGUCGUCCUGGAGGCCAUGGCCAAGCGACCUCCCCGGCUCCCCCCAGCAGAGCGGGACGCUGUCACCCUGCUCGACUGCCUGCCCGAUGUCGAGAAGGCCACGCUGACGCGGCUCCUGGACCACCUCAGCCUGGUGGCCUCCUUCCACGAUUUCAACCGCAUGAACUCGCAGAACAUCGCCGUCUGCUUCGGACCCGUCCUGCUCACCCAGAACCAGGAACCUCGGCGUUCCGGCACCGCUACCGGCACCGGCAACCGCAGCUACGCCCACUGCGAGGACAUCGCCAGCGCCGUUGACUUCAAGAGACACAUCGAGGUGCUGCACUACCUGCUGCAGGCCUGGCCGGGUGAGCGGGCCCCCCGCUCAGCACCAGCCCCCCAACUUCAGGAGGGGGCACAGCCCGGUUGCCCGCAGCACCAACGGGGGCCACCGCUGCGACUGGACCUGCUGGAGAGCGCGGUGGUGGCCCGUCACCGUCCCCGAGGACCGGAGAGCCCCCCCAGCAACCGCUACGCCGGCGACUGGAGCAUCUGCGACCACCAGUUCCUACUGGUACCCGGCACAGUCGGCGAUGCCGACUACGACGAGGUGGCAGCCGGUGAUGGUGAAACCGGGGUGCCGGCGCGGCUGUCCCCGCACCGGCGGACCCUCUUCGUGGCCGAUUUUGCCCUCGGCGAGGAACCCGAGGCGCCCUUCGGCCCCCGCCUCAACCUCAAGGACUUCGACGCGCUCAUCCUCGACCUCGAGCGGGAGCUCGCCAAGCAGAUCAACGUCUGCCUGUGA